GGGGGUUUUUAUUGAAGGCAGCGCAUGCUGGUGUUUGGACAAGGUUUUAAGCUACAUUGCAUGUGGAGGAAUAAGGCGACACUUAUAAAGCUCCUAUAAGCGCAAAUGAAAUAUUGCCAGUUUGCUUCUCUUCCAUCAGUUGAACUAUUAUAUACUAUGCCGCCUGUGGACAUCUUGCGCGAAUACUACGCCGCCGGCCUGGCAGUUGAUGGCAUUGUCCAGGUUCCGCAGCUCAUUGACAUACAUGUCAAGAAGCUCACCGCGACUGGACCAAAGGGAAAGAAGGGGCAGGUAAAGAUCACUGCCAUCACUAUCCGCGAGAGCCACACGGAUCUGGUUCCCAUGCCCGCUCCUCACGGCCACAGAGCCCACGGUCACCACCACCACCAUGGACACCACCAUGGACACCAGAAAGCCCAUCACCAUGCCCACAACAAGGUGCAUCACCACAAGCAUCACGAGCGCGUCGACCAUCGCCAGCACACUAGGCCGAUGAUGACCGGUGGAGUUCCCAGCCGUCCCUGCACCCACCACCACAUGCACCACGAGCACCACCAUCACCAUCACAGUCACAGCCAUCACAACCAUACGCUUCCGGUCCACCACGGGGACCACCAAGCGCCAGUUCCAGAGAAGCCCAAUACUAUGGCCGAGUACGCGCGGUUCGAGGUGCUCUGCCUGAUUGCAUCCUUGGCGCUCAGCAUGGUUCUGCUGUACCUCGGAUACAGGAUCGGCGACCGCAUCUGCAACUACGAGAAUGCGCGCUCGCACCACGGCCGUGGCCACAGGCACGCGCGCAUCCACCGCGAAGUAAUCUGGUCAUCGGCUGAUGAGAAGCAGGGCUGCUGGAGAACGAGCAGGCCAGCGGCGAUAGUGAUGAAGAGGAGGCGGUCGAGAGCCAGCCGGCGCCGAUAGCCGCACCCCAAGUGGCAAGGACACGCAAGUAAAGGAUUGUUGAAAAGUUGUUUAAUGAAAAGAGCAGUUUCUCAUUUGCUAGUACGGCUUGGCCGAGGGCUUGACAACCGGCGAUGCCAGAUCGGGGCCGUUGCUGAGGGGCACGACCUGGGUCGGGUUGAUCUGGGUGUGGCUCAUGUAGUA